CGUUCCUCAGAGGCAGACAGAUCAAGAACCAAGCAGGAAAAAGGUCCGACUCAACUACAAAGUCAUCACAUUGCAUCAAAAGAAAAGAACUAUGUGGGUGUUUGAGAAGAUCAGUCAGAAUGUGGAGAGCAUUCCUCUGAAGCUGAGUCAUUACCUGGGGAAGAAUGAGGAGGAUGUCUCUAAUUCUUCUGAGGGCAGGCUCUCCUACCAUCUGCACAGGAACAUCCUCAGCCCAGACACCAUCCCAGAGUUCUGCUUGCCUCCCAGGCUUCGCAAGAGGAGCCCGCUGCCGGAGGCUGAGACAGCGUCACCUCACCUGCGCUGUCGGUUACAGAUGCCCAGGAGCAGCACUUCCUCAAACACCCCACAAGAUGCAAAGACAAAAGAUGGACAGAGGAAGGAUGGGGAUGCAUCUGUGGUUUGGAAAGCCACGAAGAAACCUCUGCCCUUUUGUGCAGAGGGAUAUGGCCUGGCUGGAAUACACGAGAGCCCCAACACUCGAAGGAAAGAGUCUUUGUUCCACUCAAAGUGCCCGAUUUAUACUUUUGAUAGAAGCCUUCCUACUCCCUUACCGAGGCCACCAAAGGCAACAAACCUGCCCAAGAAAACUUCAUCUGGGGUUUUCCCUCUUUUUUCAUUCAAGAGCGCGUCAGAGACAGCAAGCACAGGAAGGGAAACACCUUCUUCCAGUAAAUCCUCUGCCCUCAGUUCUGUUUACACUGCUAAAUCCUCCCUGUACUUCCCACCAGGCAGUAGACAACUUAAAGGAGCAACGUCCUGUCCUUCAUUAAAUGACGGGAGGCUGGACAAAGGGAAGUGGGAGAGGGUUGGGUUAAGUUUAACAAAGUUGCCCGGUAGCUCUCCGAGCUUAAAGGGAAGUUCGGCCACCUUGGCCUCGCCUGUCCUCCUCCCGUUGGAUGUUCUGAAGUGCCAGGAGACACAUCAGCAUGAGCAUGUCCUUCCUCUGCAGGGCCGUGGUAAGGUGCGUCUGUUCGCUGAGCAGAGCACAUCCUCCACCAACACGUCCCCAUUCCUUUCCACAGUCAGAGUCUUUGUGGUGUCCGUGGAGGGUCUAUGGGACGACACGGACCGACAAAACCUGAGCUGUGCAGUAAAUCUGAGUCUGACCCCGGGGAAGCUUCAGCAACAGAAGAGCGCCACCAUCAGUAACUGCCGCAGCCCAGUGUUUAAUGAAGAUUUCUUCUUUACAGAGCUCAGUAGGGAGGAUCUGCUGGAACUGCAGCUCAGGUUAAAAGUGGUGUGUAAACCUGCAGCUGGCGCACUGCGGGGAGGGACAGUGAUUGGAAUGACAACCGAACCACUGUUUCAGCUGCUGUCUCUUAGAAGACUCACUAAUGUUGUGUAGUCUGAUGGGAAGACGGCACAUAAUAUGUAACUAGUACAAUAUGUUAUAUAAAGGUUGUAGGAAGGGUUGUGUGACCAAUGUGAGCAUUGUGCUUUCUUGUAUGUGUGUAUUUUGUGUAUUUUGAUUCCUUGUUCUCGGACAAAACAUACAUAUCACUUUGAGAUCUUUUUGGUGAAUGUUAUUUUAUUCUAAAAAAAAUAAACAUGGUACACGUUCACUUAACACAUAAAAAAGAGCUACUUUCACACUCUGUAAACUGUGUCAAUGUAGUCUUUGGUUUCAUUAUUGAGUAAAAAAAAAUGUGGGUAUGGUAUUUUGCCAGUAUAUAUUUUUCACCCCUAACUGUUGACAUACAUGAGGAAAUGUGUUAAUAGUUACAUUGCGGUGUAGACAAGCCUAAAUCACCACAGGUACUGUGUGAUUGACAGGGGCUGACAGCCAAUGGGAACUGCUGUAAUCUUGUGUGUCAAUAAAGUUAU